AAGCACCAGAUAUCAUCAAAUCAACGAACACAUUCAUGAUCUGUUUAGAGAUAAUGCAAUGUGUACUAGAAGGAAAAAUAAAUUAAUUUUAGGUAUUCCGCAAAAUACAGAAGAUCCAAAAAAAUGUAGACAAUACAUGUGGAUUAUAAUGCACAUUCACCUGGAAUUAUGCUUUAUAUCACGCGAGCUAAACAAAGUAUUCAGUAUACAAAUGACAUUGCAAAUGACAUCUUAUUUUAUGCUUUUUGUUGAAUUGUGUUGCGGAAUUUAUGCGACAUAUAUAGACAAUAAUAAGGAUACAUUCGAAAAUGUUUUCUCUAAAAUAAUUAUUUAUAUCUGGGCCGUUGUAUAUACUGCAAAACUUUUUGCAUUGAAUCAUAUCUGUCAAAUUAUUUACGAUAAGGCAAACGAGACAGUAGCGAUUCUUUAUAACUUGUCCAAUGAUAAUUCGGAUAAAGACUUUCGGGAACAGAUUCUACAAUUUAUAUUACAAAUAAAACAAAAAGAAGUAAAAUUUUAUGGUAUGGGACUUUUCUAUUUCGGUUACGAUUUCAUACGUAAGUUCUACACAGCAGUUGCAGCCGUAUUGGUGAUUAUAAUACAAAUGAAUAUAACUUCUGAUUAUUGA